CUCCGAUGGCGGCGGCAGGGGGGCUGGCGGACCCGGCGCCGGGCGUGGGAGCCAGGGGAAGUUUUGAAGAGAGACCGGACGUCCUCCCAGUUAGGAUUUUGAAAGCAUCUCACCUCUUGCUGAGUGGAGAACAGAUGUGGAGAGGUGUGUCCGUAUGAAGGGCGAAGGUUCCCACCACGGCCCAGGGCCUGAUUGCCUUUGAGGACAUAGCUGUGUAUUUCUCCCGGGAAGAGUGGAUGCUCCUGGAUACAGCCCAGAGGGCCCUGUACCGCCACGUGAUGCUGGGGAACUUUGCGCUUGUGGCCUCACUGGGACUCUCUGCCUCCCGACCUCGUGUGGUCAUCCAGCUGGAGCAUGGUGAGGAGCCUUGGGUUCCCAGUGGGACAGAUACAGCCCUGGGCAGGAAUGCCCACAGAAAGUCCAGCCUUGGUUCCUGCUGUCUGGCAGAGGACAGAGAUGUUUCUGGAGAACCGACACUGCCAGGGGCCUUCCUGCAUAGCUCCCCUGAGACACCUACUAGUCCCAGCCUGGUGGGAAAACGGGAUGCCUUCUCAUCUGGAGAGAGAAAACCCACAGGUGUGUCAGUGAUCUACUGGGAGAGGCUCCUGCUAGGUUCAGGCAGUGGUAAAGCCAGCAUCAGCCUGCGACUGACCUCCCCACUGAGGGCGUCUGAGAGUGACCAGUCUAGAGAGAAAGUCCUUACAGACUGCCCCGCUCCAGGGAAGUUGCCACAGAUGGCGGAGCUACAGAAGCCACAUGUGCAGCAAGCUCACCCCAGAGCCUUCCGGAGCGAUCCAGACCUCAGAACCAUCUGCAGUGAGGGAGAACGGGGAAUGGACACAAACUGGCCUGAGCCUCAGAGACUCAUGGGUGCCCAAGAGGCCCCAACCUGGAGAGAGCUGGGCGAGGCGCUCCAUGCUGCUCCCGGUCUGCUCCCUGGGGAGAAGCCCUUUGAAUGCAGGGCAUGCAGCAAAGUGUUUGUGAAGAGCUCAGACCUCCUCAAGCACCUGCGCACCCACACUGGUGAGCGUCCUUAUGAGUGUGCACAGUGUGGCAAGGCCUUCAGCCAGACAUCACACUUGACACAGCACCAGCGCAUCCACAGUGGCGAGACGCCUUAUGCAUGCCCUGCCUGCGGCAAAGCCUUUCGGCACAGCUCCUCACUGGUGCGGCACCAACGUAUCCACACAGCGGAGAAGUCCUUCCACUGCAGCGAGUGUGGCAAGGCCUUCAGCCACGGCUCCAACCUCAGCCAGCACCGCAAGAUCCACGCAGGCGGGAGGCCCUACGCCUGUGCCCAGUGUGGCCGCCGCUUCUGCCGCAACUCGCACCUGAUCCAGCAUGAGCGCACACACACGGGUGAGAAGCCCUAUGCCUGUGCACUCUGUGGUGCUGCCUUCAGCCAGGGCUCUUCGCUCUUUAAGCACCAGAGGGUGCACACGGGUGAGAAACCUUUCGCCUGCGCGCAGUGUGGCCGUGCCUUCAGCCACAGCUCCAAUCUCACACAGCAUCAGCUACUCCACACAGGUGAGCGGCCCUUCCGUUGUGGGGACUGUGGCAAGGCCUUUGCCAAGGGAGCCGUGCUGCUUAGCCACCGGCGCAUCCACACAGGAGAGAAGCCCUUUGUGUGCACACAGUGCGGCCGAGCUUUCCGCGAGCGCCCAGCCCUCUUCCACCACCAGAGGAUCCAUACUGGUGAGAAGGCCUUGAGGCGACCCAGGGCCGGGAUGCGUGCCCAGGCCAGGUCUCCUUCGGAGACCUCCUCAGAAGGUGUACAUGGGAAGGAAGCCAAAGCCACUCCUUCCUCAGGUUCACCCACGGCCCUAAUGCCUGCCGAGUCCUAAGGGCACACUUCU